AUGAUCUCUAAAAUUAACCAACAGCAAGCUGAAGAGAAUGAAGAGUUUUUUGAUGCUUUUGAGACUCCAUUAGAUCUCGAAAAAGCCUCCACAAGCAUAUUCUCUCGAGAUUCUUUCAGACAUCCGCUUGGAAAAUCAAUAACUUCAAUCUCAGAUUUAAGAGACUCAGGAUCACUACACGAAAGCGUUUUCCACACAAUUGGUCAUACUGUUGACAAGCCCAAAGUUAGGUCUUUUUCACUUAAAAGAGGCACUAAUAAGAGUGAUUUACCUACAAAAUUGAGAUCAGAAAUAAUUGAGCCAGCCAGUUUUUCAAAUUUCCACUUACUCAUUUUUUAUUUGAUUGUUUUCUAAAAAAAAUAAUUUUUAAUAAAAAAUAAAGUCAUAUGCAGAAAAGUUAGCCCAAGAGAUCAAUAUUGUAGGAGAAUCUAAAACUGAAGUUUGAAUCCUCAAAUUUAGUCAAAAUUCUAACUCCCCCCCCCCCCCCCCUCCGUGAGCGAACAAAACCAUUAGAAAAAAAUCACCAUUUUUUGACCAAAAACCCACCCUCCGUGAGCGAACAAAAAUUUUUUUUAAUAGAAAAAAAUUUUAAUGGAAAAAAAUUUUGAUAUAUAAGUGAUAAUUAGUAUAAUGAAAUCUAGAGCUAAUUCUGUUUAAUUUUAAACAAAUUGCGUUUUUAAAACAUAAAUUUUGCAAAUUAAAUUAAUAUUUUGCUUCCCAAUUUUUGCAAAUUAGGAUUUUUUUAAAUUUCGAAAAAAUAUUUUUUAUAAAAUUUAUAUAUAAAUUUGUUUUUAAAAAAAAAAAUUAACCCCCCUCCGUGAGUGAACAAAAUUUUUUUGUUCGCUCACGGAGGGGGGGGGGGGGGGGAGUAAGCAUCUUGCUAUAACAGGCGACUCUGGUAUAAUUUCUAUCUACGAUCUGAAUAUUGAUCUCUCUAAUAAAAAUGAAUUGAUUAAUCCAACCCCAUCCUUAAUAUUGAAUCAUCAUACAGACAAAGUUACCGACAUUAGCUGAAACCAGGAUGGUCUUUUGUUAUCAUCCUCAUUAGACUCUACUGUAAAAUUAUGGAGAAAUAGCGAAAAUCCUGUUAUGACAUUUAUACACCCUUGCCCUGUUCAUUCUGUCUGUUUUCAUCCUAUGGUUCCAGGAUAUUUUGCUAUAAUUCAUGCAUCAUAAUAGAUCGCUAUGUCCCAGCAAAAUACCGACCAGAAAAACUAUGGCUCAAGAUCCCUGGCUUAUGCAGUCUAAGUCUGACUAGGCAUCUUAAACCUUAAAAAGAGAUUUUUAAUUUUAAUUUUACUUUUCAAUAAAGCUGGUAAAUGAAAAUUCAUUUUAAAAAAUAAAAUGAAUCGUCAAUAAUGAUCUAAAAAAAUUCGAUUGGUAUACAGCAGGGCAUGAUCGUAUAAUAAGGAUUGUAAAUAUAUCAACAAGUCAAGUAGAAGCGAAUUAUAAGGCUAGCAAUGAUAUUUAUGUAAUUAAAUAUUCCCCACAAGGAGAAUUCCUUGCAGCAGGACUAUCUCAUGGAAGAGUGAUUUUUUACCAGAGCCCUAGCUUUGACUUAAAACUGAGGUUUCAUUCUAUAUUAAAAUCCAGAAACCAUUCAGGAUUCAAACGAUUUGGCAAAAAAGUCACAGGACUAGAAUUUAUGGAUAAUGAUGUGAUUCUUAUAACGACAAAUGACUCAAGAUCCCGGCUUUUUCAAUAUAAAACAGGGAAUUUAUUACAAAAAUACAAAGGGGCGGUUAACUCUAAGCAUCCAAUUUCAGCAAAUUUUUCUUCAGAUUUUAAUCAUAUUAUAUGUGGGUCUGAAAAAGGGAAAUUUGUGAUAUGGAAAACUAUGGGAGAAAAUGAAUUAAAACAUCCUGAAAAAAAUAAUAAUUUUGAAAUUUUUCAAGCAAGAAAUGAAAAAUUGUCUGAAUUUUCAAUUUUUUCUCCGAAAAGAAUUGUAUCAAUAGCAAAUUCAAAAUUUACUGCAAAAGAAGUCAGUGAAGUGAUUUUUACAAUCGGCUCUCACAAGGCUUUAAAAAUCUUUUAUUAUUUUAAUUAA